AGGUGGAGCGUCUCCCCUCGAUCGAGGCGGUGCCUCAGCCGGAAGGAGACUGAACUGCCUGUAGGGAAAAAAGCGCAGGAGUCGGUCUUUCCUCCAUAGCUUCCCCGCCAGCUAGAAGAUCCUAAGCCGUAGCACAGGCUUCCGGCUUCUCAGUAAAUGAUUAGUGGUCGAAUCGGCCUCCGCGGAAGCGGUGGCAAGCCUCUUCCGCCUCCCAGUCAGUUUUAGGACCUGAAAGGAGAGCCGCCGUCGACUUUUCCAGAGGAUUCAUUCCAGGCGAGGUGAGUGUCUGAGAAAAUCCACGGGAGAAUUGGCUUUGUCUUGCAGCGGAGUGGAGACUACCAGCAGUUCCGGCCUUCCAAAAGACAGAUUAGUUUGAAUAAUUCGGCUCUUUUCCAAUUGCUUCAGAUGGGCAAUUCUUAAAAAAAAACACGAACAAUUGAAAGAUGGAUACCGUUGCAUAUAUUGAAAGCAUAUUGAAAGGAAAAUAAGAAAGCCAGGAAAUCUCAGUAUGAGUCAGUCUAGAUCUAGAUCAGAUGAUGGUGGUGAAGAACCCUCAUUUCAAGACCAUGAUCAUCGUGAAAAUGAGAGAAGGUGGCAGCAAGAGCGUCUCCGGAGAGAAGAAGCUUAUUAUCAGUUUAUUAAUGAACUCAGUGAUGAAGAUUACCGGUUAAUGAGAGACCAUAAUCUUUUAGGAACCCCUGGAGAAAUAACAUCAGAAGAACUACAGCAGCGGUUAGUUGGAGUCAAGGAACAAAUAGCAUCUCAGCCUGACCUGAGAAACAGGGAAAAUGGGACAAAUACUCGAGGCUCAGAAGCUCGUAGAGAAAUUUCAAAUGACGAUUCUCUGUUAGAAUGGUUGAACACCUUUCGCCGCACAGGAAAUGCAACUCGAAGUGGACAAAAUGGGAACCAAACAUGGAGAGCUGUGAGUCGAACAAACCCAGACAGUGGAGAGUUUCGGUUUAGUCUGGAAAUCCACAUAAAUGAUGAGAAUAGAGGAUUUGAAAUUCAUGGAGAAGAUUACGCGAGCAUUCCACUUUCAGAUACUAGCAGAGAUCAUACUAGAAACAGACAUCAAAGAUCAGAUAGCCCUGUGGCUAGGCGAACAAGAAGCCAAACCUCAGUGAAUUUCAGUGGUAAUAAUUCUAACACGCCAAGGACUAGCCUUGGUUCAGAGGGGCAGAAUUCAGUAGAUGUAUCUUACGCAACAUUGGGAGGAUUAAGAAGUGGAGUUGGGGGAUCAGUUGGCAUUCCUAGGACUCAUGCUCCUCGUGCUAAUGUCAAUGAUCACACAAACCAAUCAGGGGAUAGUGAACUCAGGCAAAGGGAGGGGCAACGAUUUGGGGCAGCACAUGUUUGGGAAAAUGGGGCUAGAACUAACGUUACAGUGAGGAAUACAAACCAAAGAUUAGAGCCAAUAAGGUUACGGUCUUCCUUCAGUAGUCGAAGUCGUUCACCAAUUCAGAGACAGAGUGGCACUGUUGAUCAUAAUUCACAAAGGGAAAGUAGGGCUUCACAGCACACUGUUAGAAGGUCUGCUAGGAGGAGAGGUAUAGCUCGUGGCUUCUUAGAGCAAGACAGAGAAACCAGAGGUACCACAUCUACCCCAUUCCCUAAUUCAAGACUUGUGUCCAGAAUAACCGUAGAAGAAGAAGAAUCCAGCAGGUCCCCAGUUGAUGUGCGACGACAUCCAACUAUCACGCUGGACCUUCAAGUAAGAAGGAUUCGUCGUGGAGAAAAUAGAGAUCGGGAUAGUAUUGCAAAUCGAACUCGAUCUAGAGUAGGUCUAGCAGAAAAUACAGUCCUUCUUGAAAGCAAUAGUGGGGGUUUUCGCCGAACUGUUUCUCGUUUAGAGAGGUCAGGUAUUCGAACCUAUGUUAGUACCAUAACUGUUCCUCUUCGUAGGAUUUCUGAGAACGAGCUUGUUGAGCCAUCAUCAGUGUCUCUUCGGUCAAUUUUAAGGCAGAUCAUGACUGGGUUUGGAGAAUUGAGUUCUCUGAUGGAGGCUGAACCUGAGCCAGAGAUUGAGAGAAGUGGUCAGCAUUUACCAGAGAUGCAGUCAGAUUUGAGUGACUCAGGCACAGUUAAUGAUAGCAGCCAGCACAACGAAGGUUCCUCUGAAGAUAGGCAGGCCCAGGAAGACAGCACUGGAAUGCGUGGUGAAAGUGACACCACCCAGCCUCAUGCCCAAAACAGUGACAGUACAGGUGAUAGGCAGUUGAGAAAUACAGACAAUUUAGUUGAAACUGGAACACUACCUAUUCUUCGCCUUGCUCACUUCUUUUUACUAAAUCAGGGUGAUGGUGAUGAGCGUGUACGGGGUUUAACCAAAGAGCAGAUUGACAAUCUUUCCACCCGGAACUAUGAGCAUAACAGUAUUGAUAGUGAACUAAGUAAAGUCUGUAGUGUGUGUAUCAGUGACUAUGUAACUGGAAAUAAGCUCAGGCAGUUACCUUGCAUGCACGAAUUCCACAUUCACUGUAUUGACCGCUGGCUCUCAGAGAACUGCACUUGUCCCAUCUGUCGGCAGCCAGUGUUAGGGUCCAGUAUAGCAAACAGCCGAUGACGUAAUGGCUUCUGUUCAAAUAUUGCAUUUCAGUAGCGCCGACUAUUCAAGCAUUCUCUUGUUGACUUAUUUGUGAUGAGCAAACCAGGAUGAAAAUUAACAGAUUAUAGUUUGAACUAUUUUUUGUGUGCUUUUUUAACUUGUUAAGAAGAGGAAAUUUAUAUAAAUUUAAAAUGCAAACAUUAAAUUAUCUGAAAGUACAGAAAAGUUAAUAUUGCUAGAACCAAAUAACGUUGAAAAUGUUUUUAUUUUGGUAAUUUUGUCAUGCUGAGCACUUUUGUAUCAGCAAAAUUCAGUGAGUUGAAAAUCAGUCUUUUUUUUCUUAACAGUACAGCAGACUUUACUUGCACUUUAAAGUUCCUUGGGCUUAGUACUAUGUCCAGACAGAUAAGCCUUUCGUUAACUUUUUGUUGUAAGAACAGUGUCUUUUCAUGAAAGAGUACCUGGCAGGAUGUUUGCUAAAUGUACUUAAGUUACUUGAACUGUUAAAUUUAAUAUGCAGCAUACCAUGUGUGUAUAGACAUGUAAUUUUCAGGUUAAAAUAUCCACUGAAAACUACCAGUUUGGUUCCUAUUUAAGUUUUUUGGCUGUUUCUGCAUAUAGCACAAUGUUAAUAUUGACAAGAUCAUCUCUGGGAGGAAGUAGAUUAAGAUUUCAUUUAAAAAUAGAGAUAAGUUACUGAAGCGCCUCUGACAAUCUGACUUACUAGACAGCAAGCAAUAUAUAAUGUUGAAUGAGUAUUUCUUUAUUCAGAAAUGGAAAAUGGAAAAUUUAGAACAUAUAGGCUAUUUAACUUGAGUUCAGCCUUUUCGGUGACUUUUUUUGAAAGUGCAAACAGUUCCUUGGGUUAUUAAGUAAGGUACAUAAUAUGCAUGGUAUCUUGAAUUUAGUUUUAAAAUCUAAAAAAAAAGUCUACAAAGAAUCAAAUGCAUAGAUAAUGUGUUAAGUUCACUUGGAGACCAAAAAAAAAAAAAAAAAGCCAAAUAAAAAAACCUAAUAAAACCCGUUUAAGAGAAUGUACACUUUAUAUAAACACAAAGUAUGCAUUAAAGAUUUAUUUCUACCAAUAAAUACUAAAACAAAAACUG